UUGUGACGAAGACUUAACUAUUCGGAUUUGGGUAAAAUUGACCAAAUUUGUGCUGUAUUUUGAACUUUUAGAUAUGAGGGACGGUGAUUUUGAUGAACAAUUUUACAUACUGCUAUGUAAUACGAAAGGAAAACGGCGUGAGCGAGGCAUACCUCGAGCGUACCUGUCAUUCGGCGAAAAGUCUACACCCAUUAAUGUCAUCGCGGGUACACUUUUGGUGCCAUCUCGAGGAAAACAGGAUCUGUCCAAAAGCUUGACCCACGGACAAAAAUUUCUUUUGAAAUCGGUCGAGUCGGAAGGUGUUGAAGUGGAGUGCCAAGCCCCUGAUUUAAAGCGACUUUCACUGGAGGAGUUCAAACUGCUACUUCCAAUACCGAGUUGUCAAGACAAACUGAAUGUGUUCUUGGACGGCGACGGCCGUAAUGGUUGGUUAAAAGAAGGCGUUGAACUUCAGAUUGAAGAUGCGGUAAAAGUCAAGUUGAAAGGUCAUUCAGAGGAUGUACUUGGAGUGAUUAGAUACAAAGGACCUUUGCCCAAGGAGUCCGAUUUUUCAGUCAACUUCAAGGGAACUCAUUUUGGUGUGGAAUUACUUUACAAUCCUGGAGAAGGCACAACAGAUGGGAAGCGAGGUGGUGUGCAGCUGUUUGAGUGCCCAGCAGACAGCGGCAUCUUUGUGACAUUGAACAAAAUACGGCGCAAAAACUCUGCCGUGACUAUGGCCACUGCUGGGUAUGGUAGCGCCCAAGGGGCAUCACUCUACCCUCCCACACCACCCAUGCAACGCUCCCUUAAAUCUGCCCCCAUCCCAGAAUGCAGUUUGAAGAUAAACGACAGGGUGGUGUGGAUCAGUGAUACGGGCCCAGAGCAUGGCGUCGUUAAGUGGAUUGGCUAUCUUCCUGAUUCAAGGCGAAAAGAAAUUACUGUUGGCGUGGAAUUCGAUUACCCUGUGGGUUCGGGAACAGGAAAAUACAAAGACACACGGUUAUUCUACGCCAAACAGAAUCAUGCCUCGCUGGUACCAAUACUAGGGCUAAUGAAGAAAGAGGAGUUUGACAGUCCUGCACACGUGCCUCCAAACAUAAAUGAUACGGCAGAUCACAUGCAUCGAAUGAGAGGAACUGUACCAGUGAAAGAAUUCAUCUUGACAGAUUUGGAAGCCGCUGAGCAGCAGUCUUUACUGGAUUAUCACAGGAAGCAGCAUUUGGUGGAACAGGUUUUCCCAGCGGAUGAGAUUGUUCGCAACAUGCCUACCCCACAUACUCCCCAGCGCACAAUGCAGUGUGACAGCCCAAACCCUCUCUACCAGUUCACCCAUUCUGAUAGAGGUAUACAGAAUUGUGGCUCAUCACAGAGUAUAUCCCGCCUCCCAGAGCCUGCGUCGUCAGUGGACUGGCCAUUAAAACCCCCUUCCAUGACCGAGAAACCCGAUCCGGACCCGGACCUGGUGGUGGGGUCUUUGGUGGAGGUGCUGGGAAACCCCACAGUUUAUGGGGUCAUACGCUGGAUUGGCACCGUGCCAGAUCAGAAAGACCCCCAAAAGAAAAUUGCAGGGCUGGAAAUGGAAGAAGAAAUAUCAGCAGGAACUGAUGGAACAUUCAAAAACAUUCGCCUCUUCCAGUGUCCAAUGGGAAGGGCUUUCUUUGUUCCGCUGUACAAGUGUCGCAAGGACAAGCGAUUUGUGGAACAGCAGCGUGCGUCUGAAAUGACGGACAGUUUAACUUUUGGUAGUUUGGAGACCCCAGAUAUCAAAGAUGAGGUAGCUCCGCCUUCAGCACUGGAUGAUGUCAGCUUCAGCAAGCUCUGUGGGAAGUACCGGGGUAUUCAAGGUCACCACAACUCCUGUUAUCUAGACGCCACCCUCUUUGCCAUGUUCUAUUUCACAACCGUCUUUGAUUCUAUCUUCUACCGUCCACGCAAAGAAGACGAUUUGCCGGAAUAUGAGGAAGUUCAGAGAGUAUUAAAAGAAGGGAUUGUAAACCCUUUAAGAAAAAACUACUACGUUAGAGCAGAUAAAGUGAUGAAGUUAAGAUCAUUGCUGGACAAACUCAGUUCUGUUCGAGGCUUGCUCAGUGAAGAAAAAGAUCCAGAAGAAUUUUUGAAUUCAUUGCUAUCACAAAUAAUGCAGGCUGACCCAUUUUUGAAACUAAGGUCUGGUUCAGAUCUCAGUGAGAGUUAUUAUUACCAGCUUUUCAUGGAGCAAGAUGACAAUCUCAAGCUACCCACAACACAACAACUCUUUGAGUUGUCCUUCCUGCAAUCAGAUAUCAAACUGGCUGAGGCUCCAUCCUGUUUGAUACUACAGAUGCCAAGGUUUGGGAAAAGCUACAAGAUGUUCAAGAGGAUUGUACCUAGCUUAGAACUGGACAUAACAGAUGUUUUAGAAAACGCUCCCAGGGACUGUGUGAUAUGUGGAGAUAUUGCGGCCUUUGAAUGCAAAGAUUGCUACAAGCUUCACAAUACCAACCUCAACACAUUCUGUGAGACUUGCAACCACACGAACCACAAACACUGCAGCAGAGUGAACCACAAACCUAAGCGUAUCAAAGUCAAUGAAGAUUUCAAAAACAAUUAUGCUAGGUUACAGCAGGAAGGGCAUGAAGCCAUUGAGAUGCCUCGUCAGAAGAUGGAGCUCUUUGCUAUCGUCUGCAUCGAAACUAGUCAUUAUGUAUCCUUCGUAAAAGCCGGAAAUCGCUGGGUUUUUUUCGACUCCAUGGCAGAUCGUAAAGGUGGAGAAAUUGGCUACAAUAUUCCUGAAGUUGUUGAAGUUAGAGACUUACCCAAAUGGCUCUCGCAAGGCGGGAAGAAAGACAUUGACAGUCUCCAUGAUGACAAGGACCUACCCGAACCAAUCCGCCGCCUGGUUUGUGAUGCCUACAUGUGUAUCUAUCAGAGUCCAGACAUCAUGAGGUUUAAAUGAUUCAUACUCAGUUUUCAUUGGCUAAGCCUAUGCUUCCCUCAGCAACAUAUUCGUCACCCUUAGCAACCCCCCAUUUGCCAUGACAGGGUCAAGGAACCUCAGGCACUCAGAUUGAACUGCUGGGGAUGUCGUUACCAUGGCAACUGUCAAUCAGAAAUGUCAGUCAUUGUUGAGGCGGGAAUGUCAUAGUGUUUUGAGACAGGCCAGAGUUGAAAGAGUUGGGGAAGCAUUCGUUAGACAAGACAGGAAACCUUAAUGUGGUAGAAUACCAGGUAAAAAUGUGCUUGCAAAUUUGCAAGCUUUCGUUGCAGGGGUAAUGUCACAAAAUGGUAUUCAAGCAUUAUACCAGUCACAAUCGGUAUCAAGAGGAACAACAGAAAUAUGAUUAUUGAAAUUUAGUUAAGUACUGUAGAUUUUUUUUCACGGAUGAGUCAUUUUGCAUUGAUUUUCAAACAAACUAAAAAAGACAUACAGUAUUAAUGGUAGUGUGUGGGAAUUAUUUUUUAUUUUUUUUUUGCUUUUAUCUAGAUUUUCAGUGUACAAACCUUACAGUAAAAGAACUUUUUCUGGGAAGAAAAAAAAAACAUCAUUAUGUAUGAGUUAUAAAAGGGAAAAAUGGAAUUAUGAGCAAUGUUGAGAAUUUAUGAUGUUGUUCUGAUUUUGUUUAUCAAAGAAAUGGAGAGAGGAAUUUACAGUUAAACAGGUAUGCUGAACAGGUAUGUGUUGUCGUUCAGAAGUAUUCAAACAUACCAGACUGUAAUUGUUAUUGUAAUUUAAUUAAAAAUGUUAUUGUAACUGCCAAACUUUGGAUGAAAUUAUUCAAAUGAGAUGGUCUAGGAUGUUGUUGAUAAGUUUUGGAUUGUGUUCUAUUGUUGUUAAGGACUUUUUGUCGCAGGCUCUGAGUGUGUGUUAGUGUAUGACUUGUGAGCAUUCAAACCUCCUAAUGGUGUUUUUUUUUUGUCAAGUACAGGUAUGUAAUAUUGUGUGAUGAAGCU